AUGGACGCUGGCGGUCUUGCUCAAAUGACCUAUCCCUCGUCUUUCAAUAACGGGGGCUCCCUCGGAGCUCCCUCCAACGGCUUUGCAUCCCGCAGAAAGGGCUCCCACAUCAAGCGUCUGAGUGUGCCGCCCCCGCACAUUCCCACCAUCGAUGAGUCCCAACCGUCUGCGCCCCUCCAGACCCCCCGCACCAGCCGCUCGCACCUGCUGGCCGGCUUGAGGACCGCCCCCAAGUCCGCCACCGUGCCCUCGGCCGCGGCCCGGCAGCAACACCUCGGCGUGGAGGGUGAUCGAUAUGGAAACUUGUCGAACCGCACCGCGGAACGCAUCCCUCAGACGGCGACGGGAACCGGAUUCCCUCGCCAUUCGAUGGCGAUGAAUCAGGGCCUGGACAUGAACACCGGCCGGCCCAUGUACACCUUGCCGGAGCAGGUGCUCGCCCCGCCGACCUUCGACAUGGGCGCCGAGGCGCCCAUGGACGAGAGCAUGUACGCCGAGCUCAUGUCCACCAAUCUGUUCCUGGCCGCCCAGCAGCAGCGCCUGCAGCAACAGUUGAUCAGCGUCACCGCCGCGGCCCAGCAGUUCCAGGGCUUGAACCUGGGCAUGCAGAUGCAGCAGCCGGAGCUCCCCGCCAUGUCGCUCCCGGGCAUGGGUUUCUACCAGCAGCAGCUCCAGCAGGGCGUCCAGCCGAUCGUGCAGCCGGUGCCCGGCCAGCCAGGCCUCUACUCGGUCUACAACCCCCUGACGGGCCAGCAGAAUUACAUCUACGACAACAGUGCCCAGGACGGAUCGUCGUCCGCCCCCUACCCAGGUGACCAGUCGCCCGCGAUGCAGGUCCCCACCUUCCGCGCGGAGGUCUCUCCGCCGCCCGAGUCCCGCCACUCCCCGGCGUAUUCGUCUCAGCCCGUGUCGCCUCCGAGCUCGAGUCCCUCCCCCUCGCACGAUGUCGCGCCCCUGCCGCCGCCGUCGGCCAACGCGUUCCGUCGGGGUCACAAGAAGAGCUCGUCGGUGUCCCCCGCGCCCAAGGCACCCAUCGACACGGCCCGCGCCAACGGCGGUGGUCAUCCGCCGGCUCCCAAGACCGCCGCGCUGCCCCCGACCCCGGCCACGGGCACCUUUGGCCCGGGCCAGGGUCGCGCGGGCGAGCACCCGACCCGCCAGCCGCGGGGUCCGCCGUCGCUGGAAGAACUGGUCGCCAAGCCCACUGCGAAGCACGAGGGCAGCAAGAACUUCGCCACGCGUCAGCGCCGGCGCGCCGUGCACAACCUGGUCCGUGCGGGCAUCGAGCGCCGCGGCGACACCCGCAGCUUUGGAUGCCACAGCAGCGGCGGCUCCAAUACGCCCGCCAGCGAGAAGGAAUUCACCUUCUCCGACGGCGACGACGGCACCGCCCGGAGUGGCAGCCUGUCGAGCAAGCCGAGUCUAGGCAGUCUCCGCGCGGCGGCCAACGGCGCCAUCGGCUCCGAGAGGAAGGAGAGGUCUUCUCGGGAGCGGCGGUCCCAGGACAGCCCCUACAACACGACGACCCCGAUCAGCGAAGACGGCGGGUUCUUCGGGAGCAAGUUCGCUGACGUCCGGAUGGACCAGGUGUCGUCCCCCGUCGGAUCGCCGUCGGUGGCUGCUGUCGUCGCAGGACAGAAGACGGUGGCCCAGGGUCCGGAGAGACGCAAGACGCCGAUGCUUGUGCUUUCCAGCGCCGAGAAGCGCAAGACCCCUGUCAUGUAA